GGUUUCCAGAGGGUGGCUUUGCAAAGGGGCGGGUUCAAGCGGUGAGAGAUCCUCUCCCUGGACGAGGAGUAGCCUCAGAUCGAAGGUGACAUCGUGUCGGUGACGAAGUGUUAUUUCUGCAAUCCGUGCUCGCUAUUUUUUUUUUUUAAUUAAUAAACAAAGUGUCCCUCUAAGCUUGCUCGCCGCUGGACAGAACCCGGGAUAUGAGCUACACCGAACCGCUGUGGGAGAUCAAUGGAAAUCAAGCACCAGUGAUUACAGCGGACAUGUCGCAAUAUGUUAAUGGUGAACUAGGAAGCUACCCUAUGUGGGACAGUUCCGUUUUGUAUCAAGCACCACCUCCUUCGCAUACUCAUGUGAACGAGCACGGAUUGUACAGGCAGCCUUGUGCGUUACUACAUCAAAGUCGAUACACACCUAAUGGUAGGUCCCCUAAUCUUCCAUCUUCCACCACAAAGAAACCAAGACGUCGCGUGGCGACCGUUUCGCAAAGAAGAGCCGCGAAUAUCCGUGAAAGGCGUAGAAUGUUUAAUCUGAACGAAGCUUUUGACAAGUUACGUAGAAAAGUACCAACUUUUGCGUAUGAAAAACGGCUCUCGAGGAUCGAAACUUUACGUUUAGCGAUUACCUACAUCGCAUUUAUGGGAGAAUUGCUCGGAAUUGAGCCGAGUAGUCCGAAGCCAGAGUACAUCCCGAGGGAAUACUAUUUGCCAAAUUGAAUCCUCCAAAAAUGGGAGGGACCUAAGGGAGAAUCAAAUCAGCAAUCAGUUUCCGUUUUCUACAAAAAAAAAAAAAAAAUAUAUGAAUAUUUAAAUGAUUUAUUUCUGUUAACAAAAGCAACGAAAUCGUGAAUGGUUAUAUUUUGAAAAAAACUUUCCUUUUUCGUUGAUU